UGUGGUUCUUUGCAUGGAAUAUAUCUUAGCUUAGAACAGGGAUCGGUGCGGAAUGAUUCUCCAGGCCAUCUACGGGCUCGAUUCACUAUAGCCCUGCCUCUUGCACAGUCAUUUACACCAGAGCACGGGAGUGCAAAACAGGCCGGGGAUGUUUCACUCUGGCUCUGUGCCGGAGUAAAUGCCUGAACACACGGCUGGGCCGACGAACUUCAACACAAAGGCACUGAUUCUGCACUCCAUUGCGCUAGCGUAAAGCUGACACAGAACCAAGUGGAGAAUCCGGCCCAAACAGUUUAACUUCUCGGCUGGUUUGGAAUGCAGCCCCAAAGCCCUGGACGGAUGGAGACCCUGGGCUGUAGUGGGGCAUCCCCAGCAGUGGAAAUGGGAUGCGGUGUUAUUGCCAUGGAUGACAAGGGAGGAUUGGGGGGCGGGGGUGGAAAACAUUUGGUCUCCUGAACAUUCUGGAAGAUCAUUGUGACUUUUCCUGGCUCUGCAGAAAAUCCCAGAUUUCAAAGCUAAGCGGGAAACAUGGGAAGAAUCUCAAACAGUGCAAGAAAGAAGAGCAGGCGGACAAGGAAUUUCGGAAGAAAUUCAAGUUUGAAGGGGAAAUCCGCGCUCUGACCCGAAUGAUGGUCGAUCCCAACGUGGCUGAGAAGAAAGGGGGAGGGAAGAAUCUGCCGCUUAAACGAGGAGAGAUUCUGGACGUCAUUCAGUUAACGAGUCCCGAGAGAAUACUCUGCCGGAACAACCAGUGGAAGUAUGGCUACGUCCCCAGGGUGGCGCUGCUGCAGCUGGACACUGACAUUUACGAUGACGUUGCCUUUUGUGAUGAAAUUAAUUCUUCCACCAACGUCAGCAAGUGAUCUCACCAGCAGAGGGGGGGGCUGUGAGGACAGAAACAUGAAAAACAUUAAAUGCAAGUUUCCUUCUUCAAAUUGGGAGUUGCCUUCUCCACAGUUAGUGCUCCAAAGGCAACGUGUCCCUUGUAACAUGGUAGCGUGGUUAAUUUUAAGAUGUUGGGCCUCUGGAAGGAUUUUUCCCCGCAUUCAGCAAAACUACUCAAAAGUAGGACAGGAACCACAAUAGUGUUCAGAGAAACAGGUUACAAGUGAGCUGCAAAUAAACAAUCUGCCAUGUUUCUUGUUUUUGUCUGUGUAAAGAAUGGUGAUGACCUGAGAGUUUGGGUUUUUUUUAAUUUUGCUGGUUGUUUAGCUUAGAAAUCCAGGUCUCGUCUGUCUUGUUUUUCCUGAGAAGAUUCUGAUAUCUCUGCUUCCGAGUAUGUGAAGCCUCAGCAACUGAGGAGGGAUGGAGAGUUCAGUAACACUGAGUUACACAGGUGUAAAUACAACACCACAGUUGGGAGGAAGGAUAUCUUUGUUAAUGAUGCAAAGCCCCAUCCCUUGAACUGAGAUCUGAGAAGGCUUCUGCUCCAUUUCUGCCACCCGCUAAGGUGGCAUGUAGCAAAAUUAGGGAUGACCAAACAGGAUAGUCCUGAUAGCUUGAGGGGAAAGACAAGUGGAGUUUUCAAAAACCCUUUAGGCCUUUAUAGCUCAGAAUGGAAUAAAAAGGGACAAGCCCAAUUUCUUGUUCUUUGCAAGUGAGCUAGUGACAAUCCAGUUGAGUCUUCCCCUGGCAGCUGGCCACACAGAGACAGAGGUUGGUCUUGUGAUUAAAGCACUGGCCGGGAAUUUGGGAGAUUUGGUUUCAGUUCUUGGCUCUGCCACAGACUCUCUGUACGAUCUUUGUACCGUGAUCUGCCUUAGUUUCCCAUUUGUGAAUGGGGAUACUAGUUCUUCCUCUGUCUGUCCGGUUAGAUUGUGAACCCUUCGGGGCAGGGACUCUUCCUAUGUAUAUGUACAGCGCCUAGCACCAUGGGGCUCACCUGAUCUUGGCUGGGGCCUCGGCACCACUGCAAGACAAAUAAAG